CGUUCUCAAUUGCUCAUACGAACAUCGACUUUCGGUUGUCCAGUCACUUGUGUGUGCUGACUGAUCCGUAAGAGCUGAAUGCGGGCUAUCUGUUCUACGACUACGAGAUAAGAUUAUGAGCCCUUUCUCCUAUGCUAGCCUAUAGCCAAGGUAGCCUACAAUAUGUGUCCACAUAAAUCAAUAGAUAGGAUAUGACAACGAAGAGUGCGUAACAUGAUCACGGAGUCUUGGAUACAGCAUCUUCAAGUAGUGCCUACAAUAUUUGAAACAAACUAAACCGCGCGAUGUAUGAGGACGUUUCAGGACCCAUCCCAUUGUAGUCGGAGCUGCAGUCACUUGCCUCAUAAGGAUAACGUCUGACGUUUCUCCAGUAACCUCCAGCCUACAUGCAUGUUUGUGGUGCUGAAUUUAAACAGACGGGAUUGUUUCGCGAGACGUAAAUUGUCAUUUUGUGGGAUCAGAAUGAAACAUUUUGAAUGGCUCGUUUCCACUUAAAAUUCAAGUACGAGGGACGUUAGUAUGCAGCACCGUCUGUGAAGUUCGGACAACCAACAAGGGAUAUGUAACCGAAAUAUGACAUGUUUUUUGUUUGUUGCAAACCUGCCUUGUUUUAAAUGAUCUGCGUUGAUGAAUAUGAAUGCCGUAUCCUUAAAACAUUAAGGUAGGCUACAUGCUUAGACCAGAAUACGCUUUUUGAUAGGUCUUGCCCAUCAACAUGUGGCACUUUGAAGGUCCGUAGACAUUAUUAUGAUGAAUCAAGAAGCAACUACUGAAAGGAUAAUGUGUAAUAAUUCACACUAAUAUGAAAACACCUUAUUGUUAUAAUGGAUGAGAAAUCCAAUAAGCUGAUCUUAGUUCCUAUUUUAGCUGUUCUUUUUGUAAUGAUAGGCUAUCAAUAUAUCUGUCCAGCUGGCAGCAAUUCUUGCCACUUUAAUACUGGUGAAAAAUUGAGAGGGGCCAGUCUACUUUCUACCCAAUAUCGGACAAACGAAGACUUUUACACAGAACUGGAGGAUGACAGCCCACCGAAAUUGCCGUCAAAAUUCAACUUUACUGAACGAGACCUUCAGCGGCACGUGGAUUUCAAUAUCAAAGGAGACGAUGUGAUAGUGUUUUUACACAUUCAAAAGACUGGCGGAACCACGUUUGGAAGGCACUUAGUUAGGAAUAUUCGUUUGGAGCAGCCAUGCGACUGUAAGUCAGGGCAGAAGAAAUGUACAUGCCACCGACCAGGCAAAGACGAGUCCUGGCUGUUCUCUCGGUUCUCUACGGGCUGGAGCUGUGGUUUGCAUGCCGACUGGACAGAGCUCACCAACUGUGUACCUGUCAUAAUGGACAAGAAGAAAGCUCAAAAGAACAAAAGGAACUUCUACUACAUAACCAUGCUGCGUGACCCCGUCUCCCGCUACCUGAGCGAAUGGAAGCACGUGCAGCGCGGCGCCACCUGGAAGACCUCCCUGCACAUGUGUGACGGGCGCUCGCCCACACAGGACGAACUGCCCACCUGCUACAGCGGGGACGACUGGUUGGGCGUCACCCUGACCGAGUUCAUGGACUGCCCGUCUAACCUGGCCAACAACCGGCAGGUGCGCAUGCUGGCCGACCUCAGCCUGGUAGGCUGCUACAACCUGUUAUCCAUGAACGAGAGCGAGCGCAACCACAUCCUGCUGGGCAGCGCCAUGAACAACCUGAAGAACAUGGCCUUCUACGGCCUGACCGAGUUCCAGCGCAAGACGCAGUACCUGUUUGAGCGGACGUUCAGCCUGCGCUUCAUCGCCGCCUUCACGCAGAUCAACAGCACGCGCGCCGCCAACGUGGACCUGAGCGAGGCUGUGCGCCGCCGCAUCGAGGAGCUAAACUACCUGGACGUGCAGCUGUACGAGUACGCCAAGGACCUGUUCCUCCAGCGCUUCCAAUACACCCGCCAGCGGCAGCACCAGGAGGAGCGCUUGAAGAGGCGCGAGGAGCGCCGUUGGCUGCGGGAGCAGAGGGAGCAGAGCAGGGACUCUCUCCCCAAACGACAGGUGGGCGGGGGAGGGGGCGGAGACGAGCUGGCCACCACCACUGAAGACUACACCAGCCAGGUGGCUCGCUGGUGAGGUCCCACACCUGACCACCCAGAGAUAGGCACAGAACAGUCAGUCUCACAUGGUUCUCUCUCUCUGUCUCUCUGUCUCUCUCUCUCUCAUUCUCUCCCUCUCCCGCUCUCUCUCUAUCUCCUCUCUUUCUCUCUCUCUCCCCCCUCUCUCUGUUUCUGUCUACUAUCUCUACAUAUCUCUCUUUCUCAGUUUCAGCUCUGCUAAAGUUUCCUGGUUUGUUUUGGUGCUCCUGCACUUUCCUGCCUAUCAGUCAUAGUUAGCUAUAAUCAUGCAGGUUGUGAUAACUCUUAAAGAGAACACAAUCAAAAGGCGCUGCUUAUAAUUACUUUUUUAAUUGCAAUGUAGUGAGAGUUUACAUGCACACUAAUAAUACGACCUUAAAAAGAUUAUGGUAGACUCUGCAAUAUUCAUCUAAACACCUUACUCUGUGAUCAUUUUCGGCCCUCGUGCUCACGACGUCACACUCUGUGGUUAUCCAUGGUGGUGGAGCCCACCAUGGAUCAGCUAAUCUGAUGUGUUCUGUUAUGAGCAUUCCAACUAUCCAAUGACAAUAUUUUCAUUAAAAUAUGAAUUUACUUCUGAUUUGAUAGUUCUGUCUCGUCACUGAGCACAGUUUUGGUCCAUUAACCUUUAACCUGUGAGUGGAAUUGUUUAUGUUGUUUACGUUAGUUUGUAUCCAGUUCGUUGAUUUACUGUAAUGUAAUACUAAUCCAAAUUAGGCCUGCGCUUGGUCUAAAAAGCCUGCUAAAUUAAUAAUCUCUAUUGAAAGUGCUUUUUUGACCAAGAAUACGCAGCAUCUGGUUCCGGGAAAACUAGUCCUUUGCGUUUUAAGUAAUUGUUUGAGCUAAUAAAUUAUUAUAAUGGUGUGUGUGUAUAUACCUCAGUGUGGGUGUGGGUGUGUGUGCGCUCAUGUAUGUGUGUGUUUUUGUCAUCAUUGUAUAUUGGUCACAAUGCCAUUGAGCCAACACACCCACUAUGUUAAUACAUUACCUCAUAAUUUUCAAAUCAACAUUAUGGAUACAAUACCAUGAGUGUUUUUUCACUUUUCUUUCAAAAGGAUGGAAUGUGUUGUGAAAAAAUCGCCCUGACAAAGACAAUAUCUUAUUUUCAUGUAGUUGUUAUCUGCUCAAACUUACAGUAAGUAGUGUGAUGUAUAUAUUGAUGCAAAGUCUGAAAUGAAUAUUUCAAAACCUAUGAUCUCUGUGUAAAUGAAAAUGAUGAAAGUGGACCUAAAAAGGUCAUGUCACACUAGAUAUUGUACUGCCAUUCCCUGAUCCCUGUGAUAGGCCAUGUUGUGAUUGAGUGAUUUGAAUAAACUUCAACUGUCAUUCAACUUAAGUGCACAUCUUUUGAAAAACAGAUAAUCUUACAUUUAUGUAUUGCAAAAGAGGUUUUGUCUUAAAGGAAAAGGCUUCUAUACCAUCACUCUGGGUGGUGGUGUUUUAAGGUUAACUUUCUAAAUGUGUGAAUCUGUAUGUUCCUGGUCAAAUGAUUGUGUUUGAAAAGGGCGGUCUCGAUUCCAUUUGACCUGUCAUACUUCAUCGACAUUUUUCUUGUCAGGUCUACAAAGCUGGGUGAAUACUACUUCAGAUAUUAGAAAUAAAUGCCUUGAUCAACCAUGGCCAACUUCUGACUGGAAUCACUUGUAUAAAACCAGAUUCAUUAGAAAUGUUAUUGAAGGACAUUUAACCGCAUGCAUACAUGAGAUCUCAAUAUUUAAAUGUAAUUCC